AUGUUGUCAGACAAACACAUUGAAAAUAAUGAUGCCGCUGGGCAAGUGGCACAGGCUGUCAGGACCACAGGCUAUUAUACCUAUGCUGAAGAGGCCAAACUACUCCGGAAGAUAGAUCUUCGGCUCAUGCCUCUACUAAUAUUGCUUCAUUUGUUUAAGAAUUUGGACAACAACAAUAUUGGAUUCGUAGCAGUGAUGAAUAAAGGCACCGACUCCAAUGUUCUAAAAGAAUUGGGUUUCUCGAGAGAUCAAUGGGCAUGGAAUGCAACCGUGUUCUAUAUUCCUUAUAUUAUUUUCCAAUUCCCUUCAACACUCUUGUUUAAGGUUUCAACGCCAAGACUCCAUCAAUGUCGUAUGGCCUUCCUUUGGGGAACUGUCACAGCUUGUCAAGCUGCUGUAACCAAUAAAGCAGGUUUGCUCUCAUUGAGAUUCCUAUUAGGAGCAUUUGAGGCUGGCAUGUAUCCAGGUAUGCUAGCCCAAAUAGUGUUCUGGUACCGUCCAGAUGAAGUAUCGGUUCGAUUUGCAAUCUUCGGCGUUCUUGAAGCCUUUUCCAGUAUUUUAACGGCUCUUAUUGUUUAUGGCCUUCAGUUUGCCGAUGGGAAAGGCAAUUUGUCGGGAUGGCAAUGGGUAUUUUUGUUAGAAGGUUUGGUCACAAUUAUUUGUUCGAUUGCUUUCGGAUUAUGGCAGCCAAAUUAUCCAGAUGACUCGCAUUGGCUAACGGAAGAAGAAAAGGCGUUUUUGAUUGCUCGACUCCCCCCAGGGUCACCUAAGACAACCGAUAAGAAAUUUGUAUUGAGCGAUGUGUGGGGAUCGUUGAAGAAACCAAUUACAACAUACCUCAUGUUGAUCAAGAUGUUCCAGAGUUUGGGCUCUGCGGGCCCCAACUUCUGGACACCAAGUCUUCUUAGUAACCUUGGGUUUACAGCUCCAAAAGAAUCCCCACUCAUAACUAUGCCGCCUUUGCUGCUCGCAGUAAUUUCAGGCAUUUUCUUUUCAUACUUGGUGGACAAUACCAGAAUAUCGACUCCAGUAUUAGUUACUGGGUCACUAACCAUUUCCAUUGGGUGCUUCAUAGUUUUGAGUAUCAUAUCCAACAGAGGAGUGAUCUAUGGGUUCGUAAAUUUAUCCAUUGCUUCUCUUUCUGCCAAUAUGGCACCAGUGACGGCGUGGAUGACGCUCUCGCUACAUGGUACUACUGAGGUGGGGUUUGCGUUUGCACUAGCGGACUCUUUAGUACAAUUGGGAGCGCUUACGGCGCCCCAUAUGUUUCAAGAAAAGUAUGCACCUCUGUUCUCCAAGCCACUCAUCGCAUGUAUUGUUUUUCUUUUUGUUGCAUUAGCACUUAGUGUUGUUGCAUGGAGUGCGGACAAGGAUGAGAUACACCAUGUUCUCAAUGAGAAACGAGGUAAAUUGCAAGAGAAUAGGAAGAAUUGCCACAUGAAGCCUAUUUAUAAAGAUGAGUGA